GCCACCUAAUGUACUAAGAAGUACGUAAAUAAGAGUAUGUCACUAAUUUGACCCCUUUUUAGCUAAUUGCAACAAUGUUAAGCAAACAAUCCAAAGAAAGCCAAAAUUUCUCCAACUGUCUCACCAAAGACUCACAUAAUCAAUAACUACCCACUACCAUAAACCAUGCAAUCAACUUUCAUUCUAAACACACAAAAACGACAUCGUUUCACAUAAUUCACAUGACUCCAACUGACAACUCCACUUCCUUCCUUUACAGUUUAAAAAGCCCCCUCUAAACUUCAUUUCACACCUCAAAAACCACCUUUCAUUUUAUCUCUCUUCCGUUCACCGGAAAACUACCAAUGCCGCCGUUUAACCACUUUCCACCUCCUUUGUAAACAUUAAAACCAUUUAUCCUACUCAGUUUUGUAAAUGGCGCCAAAACAAAAAUCAUCGGCGACUGCAUCACGUGACCUCCGCCACCGUGUACUCACGUGCAUGACCAAACUUUCAGACAGGGAUACACUUUCACAAGCAAUGUCGGAACUGGAAUCUAUAAUCCCGACGCUAACUUCUGACGCUUACUCUCUCUUCAUAAAUUCUAUCUCCUCCACGUCUUCCGCCGACCGUACAUCCGUUCGUGUCGCUUGUCUAAAGCUUCUCGCCUCUCUCUCUUCUUUUCAUGGAGUUUCUCUCUCUCCUCACCUCCCGAAACUCAUCACAGCCGUCAUUCGACGUCUUCGUGAUCCUGACUCAGCCGUCCGUUCUUCCGCCGCGUUGACUACUGCUUCGUACGCUCGCCACGUCAACCAUUCUCUCUCCUCAAUUUUCCGUCCACUUUCCGAUUCACUCUCAUCUGAGCAGGAGUUAUCUGCUCAAUCAGCUGCUGCCAUGUGUCUGUCUUCUGCGAUUGAGGCGUCUCCUUCGCCGGAUGUUUCGUUGAUUUUGAAGGUUUUACCGAAAUGGAUGAGGUUGUUGAAAUGUGAUGGGUUUAAGGCGAAAGCAGGGUUGAUUGUAUUGGUGAAAAGUGCGAUUAGGGUUUGUGAGAUUGGGAAUUGUAAUUUGUUGAGGGAUUUAGUUUGUUGUUUGGUUGAAUUUUUGAAAUGUGAUGAUUGGAGUGCUAGAAAAGCUGCUGCUGAUGCUUUGAAAGAGAUUGCUAGUGUGGAAAAAGAGAAUUUAUCUGAACUGAAAGCUUCUAGUUUGAAGAUCAUUGAAUCCAGGAAAUUUGAUAAGGUGAAAGCGGUUAGAGAAGCGAUGAAUGAGAUGUUGGAGGUUUGGAAGAUGAUUCCUCAUGAACUUGAAGAUGGAUCACCACCUCCUCAAUCUAAUGAUUCCUCUAGAGAAAAUGCCAGUGAUGGACGAUUCCCUGUCAGAUCUAGGAUUUCUAGUGCUGUUGACUCUAACACUCCUCAGAUAAGCCGAAAACGUGUUCCUUUUGUAAGAUCAUCCCCAUCUGAUAGUGCUUUGAAAACUACCGCCAGAAACAGAGUUGCUCCUGAGGUUACAGGGAAAAGGUCAACCCCAUUGUCUUUCUCAGAGUUGUAUGCCAAGAAGUCUUCUGAUUCAAAUGCUGCUGCUACUACUCAUCUUCAUGGUUCAUCUGAAACUUCAGUGGAUGCAGAAAAUUUGAUGGGUGAUGAUGAAGAUGUUCCACGAAUGACAGAUGCCAGAUCAAAGCAAGAAAAUAAACGAGGUCUUUUUAGCAAAUAUCCUGGUUCACGUGUGGUGCCGUAUCCUGAAGAUGGCUCUGAAGUUACUGGUUCUGUCAGCAAUGCCUCUGCAGAUGUUUGUAGACACCACAAAGACUUUGAAGAUCUUUCUUUAAUCCGUAAGCAGCUUGUUCAAAUAGAAAAUCAACAGUCUAGCUUAAUGGAUCUCCUCCAGAAAUUCAUUGGAAGCUCCCAGGAUGGGAUGCGCACUCUUGAAGCACGUGUCCAUGGCUUAGAGCUGUCCUUGGAUGAAAUUUCUUAUGACUUGGCUCUGUCAAAUGCAAGGAUGUCAUCUGCUGUUGCAAGGAGCUCAUGUUGUUUGCUGCCUGGUCCAGACUUUUUAAGCUCCAAGUUUUGGAGGAGACCUGAUGGCCGUUGCUCUUCCUCACAUUUGUCUUUAUCAGGCACGACUUCAGUUUCAGCUAUGCGCAGUUUAGCUGAUAAGAGACCUGGUGAUGCAGUUGGACUUGAAAACAGGAGGUUUAGACUUCGAGGUGCUGGUGGAGUUAUCAUGAAUCCAUUGUCUGAGAUCCAAGUUGAUUCUACAGGAUCUUCAGAAGCGUCAAACGGCAGAGUAUUGAGGAGCGUACAUAAUGUUGCUUGACAUAUUGGAUGCACAUCAGUAUAGACCAUUGGUCGUAAAGAUGAGCUAAAAUGGGCUGACAACUCCGGAAGUACUCAAGCCAAUAGUCAUUGACACCCUUGAUACCAAACAAGAAUAGCUGAUUUAAGCUGAUUAGAUUAUAAUACUUUAGCGUCUUCUGGCUCUUGAGAUCCGUAGAAGCCAUAAGAGAAAUUCCCAAGCAAAGUUAAACUACCAUAGAAGCCAUUUAUCCGAUACCAUGUUUGGAAUGUGUUUAUAUAGAAGAUUCUUUUUUGUUGGCUAGGCUGUUCUCUACUUAGCUUACUAAUUUUAUUAGUUGAUACAUAACUACUACCCACUACUAAUAUAGUGAAGUUUGAUAUUGUGGUAUGAUGUUGUGUUUAGUUUUUGCUUAUUUAUAUCACACAACUUCUUUUUAAUAUAGUGAAGCAAUGUAAAUCUCUCAGCCAUGUAGAUCUUAAGAUAGUUUAGUCGAUCUAUUAAGGUUUUGUGUAUAUUGUGAAAAUUUUACGAGUGAUUAAUGAAAUUGGUGAUUUGACAA